AUGGCAGAAAAAAUCUUAGAGAAGUUCGAUAUUCUGGAUGAACAGGCAAAGAUACUCUUGGCCAGAAGAGCAAAGAAAAACAGCCUUCAGAGUCAAGGAAAGAAAAAUACUUCAGUUAAACCCUUGACGUUUGACUUUCACUUAGAAUUUGAAGAGGCCAUUGUUCCAUCCAUAUCUAAGAAAGUACCCAGGAUCACAGAAGAUAAUUCAUACAGAAUUAAAAAAGCAAAAAG